GCCCAGGGACCUCCCCAACCCAGGCGCGCAGAUCCCACAGAACCGGCCCCUCUCUCCGCCACCGCCCCCCUGGCCGCGGACUUGCUAACUAGUGCAUAUCGGGGUAAUUUUGUUUUGGACUUGCCUUUAAGAUGACUUUUAUGGUUCCUGCAACUGCUUCCCUCCAGUCUGAACUGUAGUUUGGGAAGAUUUAAGAGGCCAGGAGGUGCUUGUGUGGGUUUUAACCUACCCGAGACUGUCAUUAAUGUAUCUUUGCUCACUGCGAGAUGUCUCGGUGCUAUGUAGCAGUAUCAGGGUUUGUUUUCACGGGAGGACCUUCCGGGUCAGAGACAGGGGUGCCGGCCAGGGGACAUCCUUGUGGCCCACCCGUGAGCUGCAGGUCGAGUGCCCUGCACGCCAAGGGCACGCUGUGCGUCUAUAUUUCUGUUCACAAUGCAAACUGCUUGCUGAUGUCCACCGGGAGAGGACAUCGCCAGUCUCCGUGGAUACCUGGGAAACUCACAGAACUCCCCGCAGGUGUGCAGAGAAAGACUUGGUGCUCUGGGGGUCACCUAGCCAGCUUUGAAGCUGCUUUGUCAGUCCUGCCUUUGUACAUGUCAAUGCCCUCCUAGCCAGCCGCCGAGGGAUGGAGGGCUUCAUGGACUCAGGGACACAGACAGAUGCCGUGGUGGUGCUGUCCUUGGCCCAGGCUGCCGUGCUGGGCCUGGUCUCAGAAAAUGAGCUCUUCGGAGCCACCAUAAGCGCCGAAGCCUUCUACCCAGACCUAGGGCCUGAGCUGUCGGGGGCAGCCAUCGGGGAGCCCCGGCCACCAGGCCCUAAUGUCUACCAGCUGGCCUGCAACGGGCAGGCCCUGGAGGAGCCAGCGGAGGAGGAGGUGCUAGAAGUGGAAGCGGCCUUCGAGAAGCACACCCGGCGGAAGACCCGGCCGCCUGUGCGGCUGGUGCCCAAGGUCAAGUUCGAGAAGGUGGAGGAGGAAGAGGAGCAGGAGGUCUAUGAGGUCUCCGUGCCUGGGGAUGACAAGGAUGCAGGGCCGCCCGAGGUCCCUGCCGAGGUAGCCGGGGGUGGCUGUGAGGCCCUGGUGCAGAGCAGCGCCGUCAAGAUGAUCGACCUCAGCACCUUCAGCCGCAAGCCCCGGACACUCCGGCAUCUGCCUCGAACUCCAAGGACGGAGCUGGAUGUGGCCCCCUAUGACCCUCACUUUCCCGACCCAGGCCGGGACAGCUUCCCUGAGCCCAGCAUGGCACUGCCUGGGCCAGAGGCCUUGCCUGCGGAGUGCGGUUUUGAGCCACCCCACCUGGCCCCCCUGAGUGAUCCCAAGGUCCCCACCAUGGCCUCCCCAGAGCCUGUGAAGCCGGAGCAGGGCUUUGUGUGGCAGGAGGUGGGCGAGUUUGAGCCAGAUGCCACAGGCUCCACCGUGGAGCGCCACAAGAAAGCCCAGCUGGACCGGCUGGACAUCAAUGUGCAGAUCGACGACUCCUACCUGGUGGAGGCGGGCGACCGGCAGAAGCGCUGGCAGUGCCGCAUGUGCGAGAAGUCCUACACGUCCAAGUACAACCUGGUGACGCACAUUCUCGGCCACAACGGCAUCAAGCCCCACUCGUGCCCGCACUGCAGCAAGCUCUUCAAGCAGCCCAGCCACCUGCAGACGCACCUGCUUACGCACCAGGGCACUCGGCCCCACAAGUGCCAGGUGUGCCAUAAGGCCUUCACACAGACCAGCCACCUCAAGCGCCACAUGCUGCUGCACUCCGAGGUCAAGCCCUACAGCUGCCACUUCUGUGGCCGUGGCUUCGCCUACCCCAGCGAGCUCAAGGCUCACGAGGUGAAGCACGAGAGUGGCCGCUGCCACGUGUGUGUCGAGUGCGGCCUGGACUUCUCCACCCUGACCCAGCUCAAGCGCCACCUGGCCUCCCACCAGGGCCCCACCCUGUACCAGUGCCUCGAGUGUGACAAGUCCUUCCACUACCGCAGCCAGCUGCAGAACCACAUGCUCAAGCACCAGAAUGUGCGGCCCUUCGUGUGCACCGAGUGCGGCAUGGAGUUCAGCCAGAUCCACCACCUCAAGCAGCACUCGCUCACCCACAAGGGUGUGAAGGAGUUCAAGUGUGAGGUUUGUGGCCGGGAGUUCACCCUGCAGGCCAACAUGAAGCGGCACAUGCUGAUCCACACCAGCGUCCGGCCCUACCAGUGCCACAUCUGCUUCAAGACCUUUGUGCAGAAGCAGACCCUCAAGACCCACAUGAUUGUACACUCGCCUGUGAAGCCAUUCAAGUGCAAGGUAUGCGGCAAGUCCUUCAACCGCAUGUACAACCUGCUGGGCCACAUGCACCUGCACGCGGGCAGCAAACCCUUCAAGUGCCCCUACUGCUCCAGCAAGUUCAACCUCAAGGGCAACCUGAGCCGGCACAUGAAGGUCAAGCACGGCGUCAUGGACAUCGGCCUGGACAGCCAAGACCCUAUGAUGGAGCUGGCAGGCCCGGACCCCUCGGAGCUCGAUGGCCAGCAGGAGCUGGAGGACUUCGAGGACAACGCCUACUCUUAUGGCAGCAUGGAUGGCAGCGCCGAGGCGGGUGCACUGGCUGGGCAGGCCAUGAAGGAGAUGGCCUACUACAACGUGCUAUAGUGCAGCAGGCAGCGAGAUGGGCGGGCAGCCAGGCGUGGGGGUGAGACCCCGAGGAGCUACUGCCCCACAGCCCAGCUGCCCCCCAAGUCCUCUGCACCCUAGGGACCUUUAGACCAAAUGGAGACUGUACUACUGGCCUCGCCAGAGCCUGGCUCAGGCCUGGACAUUCUGGUGAGGGAAGGGUCACUGAGAUGCCCAGACCGGGUCUUCUCGGCCUGCUGCUGGGGGUGAGGGGGGAGAAAAACUAGCAGGGCUGUCUGGGGACAGGGCACAGGGCCAUCUCAGGCCAGCAGAGCUGCCCCCAGGUCCUGACACUGCAGGGGGAGGUCCCCAGCCAGGCCUGUUUCUCUUCUGCACCAAUCCAGGGAUAUCUGAGCCACCUGCUGGCCGGUACCGCCUGCCCCCGCCCUGCCCAGACCUGGAGCCCCCAGGCCCCAUGCCCAUGUGGUCACCCCACCCAGUCACCAGACAGCCAGGCAGGGCCCUCCGCCUUCUACCUCGGGGCCUCCCUCACGCCCAAGCUCCGCCAUCCUUUAGGAAAGCCGGAUACCAGGCCUCUAGCCGCCCUGAAGCUCUGUUUGGAAUGAGCGUCCCUAAAGAGGAUUUUGACAAAUGUCAUCCAGUUCUGUCCUGGUCUCGGGUACCACACAAGGCCCCCCUCCAAACAAAACCAGGACGCCCCUGGGUCAGGCACAUGAUCUGAAACAGAUGGAGCAGGGCAGGGUGCAGUAUCCCUGGGGACAGAAGAGGCCGUGCUCAGGGGAGGCCAAGGCCCACCUGUAGGGGAAGAGGGGACCUUAGUUGCUGAAAUGGGGUUAGCCAUGAGUUAGCAGGCACCUGGGAAAGAGCAACGUAUUUAAAAAGGAAAAUGAAGACCAUAGAGGAAAACAAAAAUUUUUUUAACAAAUAGGGGUAUUUUGAAGGUAAUUUAUUAUUAUUUUUUUCUUUGCAACGCAACUCUGUGUCACCUGUUACCCUUUUGGAUGGAGAUGCAUUUUCUUUUUCCACAUGUAAGCUUUCUUGUGUGCCGUGUGCUUUGAGCCUCCCAGUCCAGGGCAGCCUGGCCCACUGGGACACAGGCUCUGGGGACCAAGGCUCGCUGGCCUGGAGAUCUAGCAGCAAGCCGGAGGCAGGGACGGCCGGGGACUCUGCUCUGAACCUGGCCUGCGCUUGGUAGGCAGGGCCACUCACCCUCCCUCGCCCACCCACUGUCAUCACCUUCUGGGGCCGUGGCACAGCACAUUCAGGAACUCCAGGGUGCCCAACUCUGCCACUCACCCCCCAGGCUCAGUGGGGAGGGCCAGGCAGGGCUGUCCCCACAGGCACAGGUGACACCAGGAGGGACACAGCCGGGCUGUCCCCAAAGCUAUACCCCUCAGCAAAGGACCAGGCCAGGCCUCAGAGUGAUGGUCGGAUCAGUGCUAGGGUUAAACAUGGUCUCCCGGUGUGGUUCCCCAGGUCCCAAACCCUACGCCCCUCCAGCCUCCCAGGUGCCCGCCAUGAUGACCCUCAGGUGGCAGUGACUCCGGUGUCACUGUACAAGACAUUUUCUCCUGCUGAGCAGAAAGCAUCACCCCUGCAAACUACCUCUUCCCACAAUGUCUUUCUCCCCUGGUACCAAAAAAAAAAAACCCCUCCUCCCUCUCCCCCUCCUUGCCAGCGCCUAGGCGUGGUCCUGGAAGCCGGGCCUCUUCUCCUUCCCUCUCCUCCUGGCGCCCUGGCACUGCCCCUGCGAGGCUCCUACUUGAACGCCCCUGCCCCGUGCCUUGUACCUGGGCAACACAAAGGGAGCAGACAGCACACUCCAGUCUAGCGGGGUGGCCUCGGCAAAGCUCCAGCCCUCACCCCUCCCAGCCUCUUGGGUGACUUGCAGACUCCUGGAUGGAUUCCAUUCUAACUUAUUUUCACGUGUAUACAAAGCGACCGUUUAGACCCCACUUGUGCAAAGCCCUACUGUGUUUUUAUGUUCCUGUUUAAGAGAGAAGUUUACUUAGCAAUAAUUAUAAAUAAAUGAAUAUUCUUUAGU